AUGUCUAAAAACGUUCGCGUCUCCUCAAAGAAGGCGUUAUUGCCUUUGCCUGAGAAACCCGCUGCCUCGCCAUCCACUUCCGGAACCCGUCGUAAAUCUACGUGGCUCACUUUGGACCAUGAUUCAGCAGCUCGAAGACGUUCCAAAUCGAUGUCACAGAUUUCGUCGAAACCGUCGUCCAUCCUUGGCCAUCACCACCACGAUCGUGACCGCUCCCCCGACGGCAGCGGCGGUGGUGGUGGGCAGACCAUCGUCAAUCCGAGAAGUCGCUACUAUUCGGCGGACGUGGUAAACUUUACGAAAAAAUAUGGACUCAUUAACGCCAUCAAAAUCCUGACCGUGGCGUGCAUUGGAUUAGGACUGUUCACCACGCCGGGACGAAUCUUCAGCGAGGUUCGAAAUGAGGGAACGACGCUGCUCGUGUGGGGACUCUGUGGCGCUGGAGCGUUGCUCGGUUCCGUCGUUUACGUCGAGAUGGGCGUCACUUUUCCUGCUUCGGGUGGCGAUUAUGCCUACUUGAAUGAAGUUUUUGGCUCAUCUAUCGGAUUCUUGUACCAGUGGGGAGCGAAUUUUAUUUUUGGCCCUUGCACCAAUGCAAUCCUGGCAUAUGUCACGGCACAGAAUUUGUUGGCCCCGUUUAUCUCCAAGGAUCAAUACGUCGGGGUCACCAUGCUUGUCGCAAUUGCCGUGAUAAUGUUCCUCUCGUACUUGGUGUCUGUGCGACCCACGUUUCCCGACGAGGUGCGAAAUAUGACCUUUUUCACGACCGUUUUCAUCCUGCUGACCAUUUUGCUUGGUGGGGUUGUCCACAUAGCAAGAUUUGGUGCAUUGACCCACACGCAUUUCCGCAUUAGAAUAAACGACGUGCGGUAUCCGAAGCCGACGCAAAAGUUGGGCAGCGUUUCGAACGUUUUGAAGGGGAUUUAUCUCGCCGUUUUCUCAUUCUUGCCACUCAACACGCUCAACUUGAUGACCGAAGAGGUCCGCGUCCCUUCAAAGACGCUGCCUUUUGCGGUGUUGGUUAGCAUUCCGGUCGUCUUGGUGACCUAUUUGGGCGUCACAUUCCUCUACUUUGCCGUCCUGGAUGAACAAAUCGUGCUCGAUAGUGCUAGCUUGCCAAAUGCUUUAAUCCAGCAAAGUUUCUUGACGCCGGGGUUCUAUCCGUAUACGGACGUCGUGAUUCUACCAUUGGUCGCAUUCGUUGUCGGUGUCACGAUGGCGGAAAGGAUGACGACAUUCGCACGGUGGGCGAAAGUGGCGAAUUUUUAG